AUGAGACAGACAACCCUCAUCACUGGCCUCGCGGCCAUGCUGCCCUCUACCGCCCAGGCCUGGUCCGUCCCGGCACUCCUGGGCUCUCGUCAGAACAGCAGUCCCUACCAAGAUGCUGUUUGCAAGCCCGCGACUAGCUCGGGUGGCCAGCUCCCCCCUUGCGUCCAGAUUGAAAACAUUGAGGUCGCCUGCAAGCCCAAUGGCACCGACCCCAUCCACUUUGAGGCACAUGCACAAUGCAUGUGCGGCGGCUCCUUCUUCGCCGAGAAGUUGGCUUGCGAGCGAUGCCUGUUCGUCCACGGCCUUCGCAGCGAGCGAGACUUGGCUUUCUACAGAGGCGUUCUCUCGUCUGCCUCCAAUGCUCUCUGCACUGGUACACCAACCGCAGCUUAUGCCGUCGUCUACUCCAACAUCGAGGUUGCUGCCACCCCUGUCACCACCGGUGCCACGGUCAAGAGCGACCAAGCUCCCAGUAACACGGCCAUCUCCCUUUACUACACGGCUAGCGGUGUUCAGGGUCCUGGCAGCAUCACCGGUGAAGCUGCUAGUGCUACUGGCGUCAGCCAAGAGGCAACUGCAACAACUGCUGGCCCGACGGCAAUCGCGACUGGCUCGGCCACUACGAGCCGCGGCCCCUCUACUCGUGCCACCACCACCGUUGCCACCACUGGCACGGCUACCAACGACGCGGCCACAGCCACGUCCGUGCCUGGCAACGGCGCAGUGCAGAACUACGCUGCAAGGGGUCUUAUGAUGGGUGCUGCCGGUCUGGCAGUGCUUGCGGGCUUGUAA